CAAGACAGAACUCGGAAUCCAGCGUUUGUUCCAGCUCCUCCUGCUGUUCAGAUGCUGGGAACACUACAGACCAGGACAAAGCACUUCAUGGUUUGCCGGAAUUAAUUGAUAAAUGUUGGUGGAUAAAAAGCUUUUUCCAUAGUGAACCAUCUCCACCAAGUGUUGGCAGGAAAACACUAUCAGCAAGCAG